AUGGCCGGCAAAAAAGGCAAGGAGGAGAGCAAGGAAGCGAAAGCCGAUGCCAAAGGGGGCAAAGGGAAGGAGUCGGCCAAGGGCAAAGGGAAGAAGGGGAAGAAGGAUGAGGUCGAUGAGCCGGAGGAGGCGUCGGACACCGAGCUGACGAAGGGCGAUGCCGCGGAGGGGGAUGAAGGAGAGGCAGAGGCGGCGCCGGAGGAAGUGGCCGAGGAAGCAGUGGAGGAAGUGGAGGAGGACCCGAAAAAGAAGAAAGGGAAGGACAAAAAGGGAGCAGCUGCCAAAGCUGGCGGCAAGAAGGUGGGCAAGGGGAAGAAGGGGCAGGUGGAAGAGGAGGGCAAGGAGGGGGCCAAGCCAGAAGAUGACUCCGAUAAGAAGACGAAGAAGAAAGGUGCCUCCCAGCCGGCCGAUGCCAAGGGGAAGAAGGGGGCCAAGAAAGGUUUCGGCAAAGGCCAGCUGAAAGGGGCUGGCAAGGGGGCGAAGGAGGAGGCCGCGCCGGCGAAGGAGGAGGCUGAGCCAGCCCAGGAGGAGGCCGCGCUGAAGCCGAAGAGGAGCCUGAAAAGCACGUCCAAGCUCUUCCUGGGUUUCAAGAAGAAGGGGCCGAAGCCCUCCAAGAAGGGCCAGUUCAAAAACGCCUCCCGGUUCUUCUGGGGGCUGAACAAAAGCAGCACGAAGAAGAGGAGGAAGGCCAAGAACAAGGCGGUGCUGAAAUCCACCUCCAACCUGAUGGUGCGUUUUAAGGGCCUGGGGAAGAAGCAGAAAGAAGAACCUGGCAGCAGCCCAAAGAAACCUUCCUACCUGCUGAUUAAGCUGGGAGGGAAAGCUGAGGAGGGCGCCGGGUCCUCUGGCAGCCCGCUCCCUCCUGCAACAAAGGAGAAAUUCAAGCCCCGAGCUCAGAUCCUGAGCAAAGUGUCCGCCGCCACUAGCUGGCUGACCAGAAAGUUCCUCUUCAAGCAGGACGACCGGCUUUCCUACCAGGAGAGGUCCGCCAAGCAGCUCCGCCUGUCUCGCAUCGGAGCCAAGAAGCUCCCCAUCACCUCCGAAGAAGAGCUCGCGAGGCACCGGGCCAGCCUGCACAGUUUUUUGGGAGGGCAGAGUCUCUCCGGGCCCGGGGGAGAGCACUACGGUCACCAGCCAGGUUUGGGACAAGGCGGGCUCGGCCGGCCGCCCUCCAAGCACUACAUGCAUUGCGGGGCGAGCGGGUAUGAGGACUUCCCAGAGCCCUCGCCAUACCACGGCUACCGCCAAGGAGCAGGCGGCUCCUACAGCCCCCCGGUGCCGUAUGGCUACCCGGAGGAGGAGAGCUACUUCCAGGCACCGGGCAGCUAUGGGGACAGGUAUGGAGGGGCCUCGAAUUUUGAGACCUACCCAGAUGAGGAGGUGGAAGACGAGUACGGGCUGUGCCCGCAAGGCGGGGAGUAUUACAACGACCCCCUGCAGAACCAGUAUGGCUAUGACGAGUAUGAAGACCAGAGCGCCCCGGCCCCGGCCCGCUACUCCCUGUACGAGCCCUACGACCACGACGGGGGCGACGUGGACUACUACGAGGACCAGACGGGGCUGGACGGCUACUACGAGGACCAGUACGGUGCCCCCAGCGGGCUUUACAGCCCAGGGGCCGAGGAAGCGGGGUACCCGGACGACGACUACCCUCCGCGUGAAAUGGGUUACGAUGACUACGCGUGGGCGCCUCACGCUCAGGCUUCCUACAACCCUUACGCCUACCCCUUGGACGACAUCCUGGAGAUGGAGGAGCUGGAGGAGGCGGAGAACGGGAACGGGGAUUAUCCCUUCUUCGAUGAGCAGGGCCCCGAGGACGCGCUGCCCUCCCGGCUGCCGUUGAACAGGCAGCUCCGGCUCUUCCCCAGGCCGCAGGUGAAGCUGUUUGGCCAAGACAAGCUGGACGUCACCCUCCCUCCAUCCCCGCACCUGCAGCAAGAGGAGGACACCUACAACCCCUAUGAGCCGCGUGCCUCACCGUUUGGCCCGUUCGGGGGCCAACCGGGCAGCUUGCAGGGCAUGCAGGCUCCCGACACGCCGGCCAGGCAAUACGGGAGCAGCCCCCUGGGCCAAUUCUUACUGAAGUCCCUCUCCCAGCCGAAACCCAUCCUAAAGCACCGGGCGCCUGAGGCGAAGGAGAGGCCCCCCACGCCAGCUCCCUUCCGGCGGGUGGUCUCCUCACUGUUUGCUCAGAGGCAGGCGCCGUCCCCGCAACCCUCGGCCAGACCGAGCACCACGUCUUCCCCCAAGCCAGGCCGGUCGCCGUUGGCUCAGCUCUCGGUGAGGCGGUUCGACAUCCCCCAGGACGACCCGCCGUCCCCGCGCCGGGAGCCGGCCUACAAGCGGUUUGGCCACAAACUGGCCGGCAUGGGGGCCCUGGACCCGCCGCUGAGAAAAUUUGGGCACAGCAAUAAUAACAACUCCCAGCGGCUUUCCCCGCAGCCUGCCCGGCAGAGCGAGGCACGCUCCCCAUCGCCAGAGUCCAGCUCCAGGACGCAGCCGGGACCCCGCGGCCCCCCUCCAUCCCUGCGCUCCCUUGUGUGGACCGCGGGCUCCUCUGCUGCCCCUUCUCCCUCGUUGAGUGGGGCAAUGCCGAUGGGGGCCAGAGACAGGGCGUCCUCCUUCUGCGCCUUGUGGGGGCCCAACCCCACCGGCACCGGGCCCCCGGCACGGAGAGACUCCACCUUCCCGUCCGCGUCAGCUCAUGACCGUUUCAUGAGCCAGCGCGUCUCCUCCCCGCGGCCCGCGCCGAGGCAUGCCAGCAGCCUGCGGCGCAACGGGCAGGCGCCACUCAAAACCGGCUUGCUGCGUUUCGCCGCGGACGCGCUCAGCUCGGGCUUCCCGGUUGCCUCCGCUCCGUCUCUCCUGCGCCAACGGCAGUCCGGGUCCUUUCCUGCCGCGGGAAGGAGCAUGAGCCACGCGUCGCUGCUCCCCCAAGCGUGGAACAGGCAGACGGAGCCCCCCACCAAGGCGGUGAAGCCCGUCAUAAGGAGCCAGUUCAUGAAGCAGCUGGGCCGCCCGCCCGGCUCCCUGUCUCCCCGGGAGCUUGGCAGGACCCCCUCCCCGCAGAUGCUGGCGGGUCAAGGCGGCCGGCACGUUACCAUCCAGGAGGCUCCCAAGUCGGCCCACGCGUGGGUGCCCGCCGUCCUGGAAGACUACGGGCCCACCGGCAGCAAGGCCUCCGUGAGGGAUGGAGAGGUGGUCCCGAGGGCCUGGGACGUGCUGCGGGCGGCCGACGCGGACCCCACCACGCACAACCCCUUUCUGCAGCAGGACGGGCAGCCCCGGGUGAGCCGGGGUGCAGAGCCCAGCGGCUCGGCAGGCAGCGGGAACCCCUUCGUGAAGCGGUUUGGGCAGCUGAGUGCCAGCUCCCCUCGGCACUUGAGGUGUCCCCCCGCACAGGGACCCUCUCAGAAGCCAGCGUCCCCCACACCAUCGCCCAGGCACGGUCAAGCCUUCAGUUGGGCCCCCUCCGUGCCAGAGGACUACGAGCCGCCGGGCGUGUACGUGAACGAGGACCUGCUGACGGACGAGGGCGCGGGGCGGUACGCGGUGGUGACGCCGCAGAUCCAGCGGCUGAGCUCCUUCCAGCGGGUGUCUCACCGCUACAAGCAGCACUGGUCCAACCAGCACACGGUGCACAUCCGCGAGAUGCCCAGCGUCUGGUGCUCGGAGAGCGGCGUCCGCCACCUGCCCGGCGAGACCCGCCGGUGGGCCAGCCAGCGAGGAGGAGGAGGAGGAGGAGGAAGGGGUGGCCGAGGGGGCACCGCAUCUGGACACCUGACUCGCCAUGCCUCGCUGCCCGCUCGGAGAGAUGGAAGCCGCUGGCCCAUGGUCAUUGGGGGCAAGAGGCUGGCCUGGGCCAAGAAGAUGCACGCUAUCCGCCACCUGCCCUACCUGUUCCGGGAGUGCCGGGAAGAGGAUGGUGUGGAGGACAUGACACAGCUGGAGGACCUGCAGGAGUUCGUGGUGCUGUAUAACAUCAGGAAGAGGUUUGAGCACGAGCUGAUCUACACCUAUAUUGGAAGCAUCUUGGUGUCCGUGAACCCCUACAAGAUGUACAACAUCUACGGGACAGACCAGGUGCUGCAGUAUGAAGGGAAGGCACUGGGCGAGAACCCGCCGCAUCUCUUUGCUAUUGCAAACGUCGCCUACAGCAAAGUGAUGGAUGCCAAACGCAACCAGUGUAUUAUCAUCAGUGGUGAAAGUGGCUCGGGCAAAACAGAAGCCACCAAGCUGAUCCUGCGUUACCUGGCUGCGGUCAACAAGAAGCGCAGCGCAACACAGCAGAUCCUGGAAGCGACGCCCUUGCUGGAAUCCUUCGGAAAUGCCAAAACCGUGAGGAACGACAACUCCAGCAGGUUUGGGAAAUUUGUGGAAAUCUUUCUGGAGGACGGCUUUAUCUGUGGUGCCAUAACCUCGCAGUACCUUCUUGAGAAAUCAAGGAUUGUGUUUCAGGCCAAAGACGAAAGGAACUAUCACAUAUUCUACGAGAUGCUGGCCGGCCUUCCUUCCCAGCAGAAGCAGCGAUUCUUCCUGCAGGAAGCAGAAACGUACUACUAUCUGAACCAGGGAGGUAACUGCGAGAUCUCCGGCAAGAACGAUGCCGAGGAUUUCCGGCGGUUGGUGACGUCCAUGGAGAACCUGAACUUCAGCAUCGAGGACCAGAACAGCAUCUUCCGCAUCCUGUCUUCCAUCCUCCACCUGGGGAACGUCUACUUUGAGAAAUACGAGACGGACUGCCAGGAGGUCGCGUCGGUCGUGAGCGCGAAGGAGAUCCUCACAGUGGCCGAGCUGCUGCAAGUCUCGCCGGAGGGGUUGGAAAGAGCCAUCACCUUCAAAGUGACGGAGACGCUGAGGGAGAAGAUUUACACCCCGCUCACUGUUGAAAGUGCUGUUGAUGCCAGAGACGCCAUUGCCAAGAUAUUGUACUCCCUGCUCUUCAGCUGGCUUACAGACAGGACCAACAAGCUGGUCUACCCCAAGCAGGAGGCUCUCUCCAUUGCCAUCCUGGAUAUCUACGGGUUUGAGGAUCUCAACUUCAACAGCUUCGAGCAGCUGUGCAUCAAUUAUGCAAACGAGUAUCUGCAGUUCUUCUUCAACAAGAUCGUCUUCAAGGAGGAGCAGGAGGAGUAUAUCCGGGAGCAGCUGGAGUGGAGGGAGAUCUCCUUCAAUGACAACCAGCCCUGCAUUGACCUCAUCGCCCAGAAGCCCCACGGGAUUCUCCGGAUCCUGGAUGACCAGUGCUCUUUCCCUCAGUCCACAGACCACACCUUCCUCCAGAAGUGUCACUACCACCACGGCUCCAAUGACUUGUACAUCAAGCCAAAGAUGCCUCUCCCUGAAUUCACCAUCCGACACUACGCUGGCAAAGUAACGUACCAGGUGCACAAGUUCCUGGAUAAAAACUACGAUCACGUUCGCCAGGAAGUCCUGGACCUUUUCAUCAACAGCAGAACCAAAGUGGUGGCCAACCUGUUCUUCGGCUAUGCCCAGCUGCUGGCGCAGCAGCAGACAGUGGUGGGGAAGAACAGCACAGUCACGCGGCGCUAUAAGGCCCCGACGGUGGCGGCAAAGUUCCAGCAGUCGCUCCUGCACCUGGUGGAGAAGAUGGAGAGGUGCAACCCUUUCUUCAUCCGCUGCAUCAAGCCCAAUGACAAGAAGGAGCCAGGGCUCUUCGAGGCAGACAUCGUCAGCAGCCAGCUGCGGUACUCUGGGCUCCUGGAGACCAUUCGCAUCCGCAAAGAGGGCUUCCCGGUCCGCAUCCCCUUCCAGGUCUUCAUCCAGAGGUACCGGUGCCUCCUGGAAGUCCCACACAACAUCACUCCCCACGGGGCCAACUGCGUGGAAAUGCUGAGGCAGCUGUGUGCCCUGCGCCCCAGCAUGUACUGCAUCGGCAUCAGCAAGCUGUUCAUGAAGGAGCACCUGUACCAGGAGCUGGAGAGCAAGCGGGACCGGGCCCACCACCUGGCAGCCCUCACGCUGCAGCGCUAUGCCCGCACCUUCUUCCUCAAGAAGCGCUUCUACUCCCUGCGCCGCAAGAUCAUCCUCAUCCAGAGUCGCUCCCGGGGCUACCUUGCCAGGCAGAGGUACAGGCGGCUGCGGAGGACGCUCAUCAAAUUCAGGGCUCUGGUGAACGUGUACGUGAACCGGAAGAGGUAUCUCAGGAGGAAGGAGGAGGCACGCAGGCGGGCAGAGGAAGAGAGGAGAAGGGCUCAGCAGGAGCUGACCAAGAGGGAGGUGAUGGAUGUGUCACGCCUGGAAGUCCCCAUCGACCUGGUGAGGCUACUGGAGGGGGCAGCCUACAGGCAGGUACAUGCCAUGUGCAUCGCUCUGUGCUCCGCUCCCAGGAUGCAGCCGGACUCCCAGCCCACUCUGCCACUCGACAUCAACAACUACCCCAUGGCCAAGUACGUGCAGGCCCACUUCCAGAUGCCCCUGUUUGGGAUGCUCACGGUCCCACUGCCGGCCCCUCUCACCCGCGUGGAGGAGGAGCUGAAGCAAGAAGCGCUCAGCCUGUUCAAGCUGAUUCUGCGCUUCAUGGGCGACCCGUACCUCAACGGCCCGCGGGAGAACCUGUUUGGGAACUACAUCGUGCAGAAGGGGCUCUCGACACCGGGGCUGCGGGAUGAGAUCCUGGUGCAGAUUGCCAACCAGGUCUGGCGCAAUACCAACAUCAACAACGAGGAGCGUGGCUGGCUCCUCCUGGCCGCCUGCCUCAGCUGCUUCAUGCCUUCCGCCCGCCUGGAGAAAUACCUGCUCAAGUUCGUGUCCGACUACGCCUUCAAUGGCUAUAAGUACGUGUGCCAGCACAAGAUCCUGCAGGCCAUGCUGAAAUCCCAGUUUGGGCCCGAGGUGGCCCGGGCUUACCCCCCAUCGCUGCUGGAGUGGACGACCAACCGGCAGAGAGCCAACAUGGCCUUGGACAUCUACUGCUUCAAUGGUGACCAGUUCUCCUGCCCCAUCCACUCCUGGAGCACCGGGGAGAGCGUGGCCGCGGACCUGCUCAAGUCCAGGGGGAUAACAGAAGGCUGGCGGGGCUGGUCCGUCACCAUGAAGGACGGGACCCAGUGGGCUGAGCUGGCCGGCCACGACUACGUCCUGGACCUGAUUUCCGACCUGGAGCUGCUCCACGGCUUCCCCAAGCAGAAGUCAUAUUUCCUCAUCGCCUCAGAGGGGCUGGACCAGAGCCGGGGGGCCCCCUGGGCGGUGUUUGGCCAGGGCAUGGAGUCUGAUGAGGAAGUCCCUCCGCCCCCGGCCACCAAGGCACCCACUGAGCCUCCCAGCGUGGUGGACUCGGAUGGGUAUCACAGUCAGGGCUCCAGCUCCAGGUCGCCGGUGCCUGACACCGUACAGAAAGCAGAGUCUGAUGCCUCCAGCGAACCGCGAAUGCAGAAGGGCUUGGAUCACUACCUGGACAGCCUGUUUGACCCCGUCCUGUCCUACGGGAAUGGGGAGCUGGAGAAGCCGGCCGUCAUGUCCCAGAGGAUGAAGGGCGGCCGUGGGGUAGGAGGUAGGGGCAGCGACAGCAACCUGCAGCAGAGCGGUGCCAGGGCCCCCACGCAGAUGCCUCCGCGGCCUGGUGUGGAGCAGACCUGGACGGCACAGCAAGGGGCUCACCGGGAGACAGCCGGGCUCCUGACUCGUCCGAUGGGCAGGCCAGCAAUGGCUCUGCAGCAGCAAGCCAUCUACAGGCUGUCCAGCCCCGGCCCCAGGCCUGGCCUGGCACCGCCGUUCCAGAGGAGGGGGGUGAAUGGGCCGCCCGGCAGGACCGCAGCCGCUCCUGGCCCCAUGCAGGAGAGACCCUUACGGAGAGCCGCAUCUCCACCCCCCCGGCGCUGGUCCGGCGAGCUGGUGCGGCACAGCAGGCUCAACUCGGAGCACUUCCCCGAGCCCACGCGCAACAUCAGGAACAUCAUCCGGCAGUACCAGCAGCCCACCCGGCUCUCGGAGCCCCUCAGGAAGGAGGGUGGGAAGGUCUUCGUGAAGAAGAUGGAUCCCCACGAGGAAGCCAUGAUGAUCCUGAAGAGGCAGAUGGCCGUCGCACCACCGCCACCCUCUCUGAUGCCCAAGGAAACGGUGGCCAUGGUGAAACCUGUGACCAAGAGGCCUCCCCGGGUGACGCUGGCCCCUUCCCGGAGCCCUGUCCGUGUGGCGAUGCCAGUCAUAGUGUCCCGGGACCUGCCAGCCCAGGAGGAGCAGAUCCAGACCCAGCUGCACCGGCGCUUCAGCGAGGAGUUCUACACCUACUGCAAUGUGCCCUGGAAGAUCUACAUCCGCAAAGAGGUGUUCUACCCCAAGGACAACUUCAACCACCCCCUGCUGCUGGACCUCAUUUUCAGACAGAUCUUCAACGACACGCUGUCCGACACCUGCGUCCGCAUCAGCCCAGAGGAGCGCCAGCGCAUGAGGUCACUCUUCGCGGCCAACAAGCUGGACUCCUUCAGCCCCGUCGCCGAUGAAAGUGUCAAGAAGGAGAUCGUCAGAAUGGCCCGGGACAGCUGGGAGGUCUACUUCUCCCGCCUCUUCCCUGCCACGGGCAGCGUGGGGACCGGGGUGCAGAUCCUAGCCGUGUCCCACACAGGCAUUAAGCUGCUGAGGCUGAUCAAGGGCACCAACAUGCCUGGGGAGCAGCUGCGGGUGCUGCGGACAUAUAGCUAUGCCGACGUCCUGUUCGUGACCAUGCCCUCGAGAAAUAUGCUGGAGUUCAACCUGAUCAGCGAGAAGCUCAUCCUCUUCUCCCCCAAGGCUGCCCAGGUGAAGGCCAUGAUUGACUACUUCAUCACUGAGAUCAAGAAGGACUCUCAGUACGUGGUCGCCGUGAAGAACCACGUUGCAAUGGACAGCAGCCAGCUGAGUUUCCACAAGGGCGACAUCGUCCACCUGCAGCCGCUGGAACACCCCAAGAAAGACUAUUAUUACGGCUACGUGGUGCGCAAGAAGCUGAUGUACCUGGAGGAGCUGAAGCGUGGCACCCCGGAUUUCGGGUGGAAGUUCGGUGCCAUCCAUGGCCGCUCAGGGCUCUUCCCCAUGGACUACGUCCAGCCUGUGGCAGCCCCGGACUUCGUGCACCUACCGGCCGACAAGAAGGAAGAACCCAAGAACAAACGGGGCAAGGUGGCAGCCUCCGCGGCUGUGGCUGCGGCUGUGGCCUCAACUGCCAUGGCCCGGGAGCUGGACAGGAAGGGUGAGGACACCCCCACGGGCAGCGACAGUGCAGAUAAAGCAGCAGAGGCCAGUGGCGAGCUUCCCAGGGACGGUGCCCUGCCGGCGGGGCCAUCCACUAUGAUGGACUUUGCCAGGAAGUAUUUCCGCGGUGCCCAGAAGCCGACGUCGGACUCCUUCAAACAGAAAUCCAAGAAGGGACGGGACGUGCCAGGCAUGGCAGAGAAGCUCAAGUUCACCAAGUCGCCCAUCCAGGAGUCGCUGAUCGAGUUCACCGACAGCAGCAUGAGCAAGAUGGCAGUCGAGGCCUUCCAAGCCGUGAUGAAGUUCAUGGGUGACCACCCUCUCAAGGGACAGACAGAGCUGGACAUUGUCUGUGUCAUCUUGAAGAUGUGUGGUGACCACGAGGCGCUGAGGGAUGAAGUCUACUGCCAGGUCAUCCGCCAGGUCACCGGCAACGCCAGCUCCAAGACGGACAGCUCGCAGAAGGGCUGGAGGCUGCUCUACAUCCUCACUGCCUACUACAAGUGCUCCGAGGUCUUCAGGCCGCACCUGCUGUCCUUCCUGCAGGAGGUCUGCAGCAGCCCUGGUCUGCACUUCCAAGGGAUCGCCAAGGCUUGUGAGCAGAACCUCAAGAAGACCUUCCAGUGCGGCGGCCGGACCAGGUUUCCCAGCAGCAUGGAGCUCAAAGCCAUGGUGGCCGGAAGGAGUGCGAAACGACAGCUGUUCCUCCUGCCUGGUGGCAUCGAGAAGCACCUGAAGAUCAAAACCUGUUCGGUUGCGCUGGAUGCGGUCGAGGAGCUGUGUGAUGAGAUGGGGCUGCACCGGCCUGAGGCUUUUGAUGAGUACAUCAUCUUCGUGGUCUCCAGCAGGGGUCAGAACGUGCGCCCCCUGAGCCGCAGGGAGUACAUCCUGGACGUGGCCACGGAGAUGGAGCGCGUGGACCCCAACUACACCUUCUGGUGCCGCCGCGUCAUCUGGAUGCAGCCGCUCAAGUUUGACAACGAGCUGUACGUCACCGCGCACUACAACCAGGUCCUCCCUGACUACCUCAAGGGGCUCUUCAAUGUGUUUCCUCCUGUGAAGCCCAGUGACCAGCAGCUCCAGCAGAUCGCCAAGCUGGCAGCCCUGCAGCACCGGGCCAAGGACAGCCUGUAUCUGCCCACCGUCCGGGAGGCACAGGACUACAUCCCGCCGCAGUUCUGCCGCAUGCAGCACAUCCAGUCCUGGUUCAACAUGGUGAUGCAGCACAUGCAGCAGGUCCAGGCUCUCAGCGCCCACCAGGCGAGAGCCCAGUUCCUAGGGCUCGUGAGCGCCUUCCCCAUGUUCGGCUCAUCCUUCUUCUACAUUCAGAGCUGCAGCAACACCACCAUCGCCUCACCCUGCAUCCUGGCCGUCAACCAGAACGGCCUCAACUUCCUCAACAAGGAGACCCACGAGCUGAUGGUGAUGUUCUCGCUGAAGGAGGUCCAGUCCGCGAGGACACAGCAGCCCUCAGCCGGCUCCAGCUACCCCUACGUGGAGCUCACGCUGGGAGACGUGAUGUCACAGAGUGUCACGCAGCUGCAGCUUGACCAGGGCCUGGAGCUGUGCCGCGUGAUCGCCACGCACAUGGAAAGCUUGCUGUUCGCUCGUGAGAAAAGGCUCACCCUGCCGCCUAGCGAGAUCACGCUGCUCUGAACACGCGUGGCCUGCCCCAUCCCAGCCGCACCAGCCAAAGCCGCCGUGGGGCUACGGAGAUGUCUCUGCCUCCUGGCAGGGGCACAGCACAGACCUGGCGAUACCAGCUCUUGGCUGGUUCCAGUCAGCAGACGCAGCUGGUUCCAGUGAGGCUGGGCUGGUCCGUUCCCCGUGAGGACACAGCCUGGUGGCGUUGGGUCAGAGAGGGUGGGAAAGCAAAACAGACAGGAGGAGUUAAGGAGGUGGAGGAGGAAGCAGAGGAACACCAAUGCCUUAAUUAGGAUAAGGAUGCCCUCACAGACCUCCCUUGCAGUGGGGUCCUAGGACCAGGAGCAGAGACUGUUUAUUAGUGACUUAACCAGGGAUCAUCCAGGAGCAGGCUGUGCCCGCCGGGAUGGCCGCUACCCAGUUUCUACGGACCGUAGGCCUCCCACCUUUCGUACUCGUACCCACCUCUGCUACCGUGCCUGUCCUGUCCCUGAAUCAUUAUUUUUGUAACUGGACUUGGCACUGGGGCAGCUCUCGCCUGCUCAGCCCCACUCCUGGUUUUGUAAUGUUUUGCACUUGAGGUCACGCUGAGAUUUUUUGUUUUUAAUUGAUGCAAAAUUAAACCUCCCUCGGAAGCCCAAA